AGUAAAAAUUUAAUUGGUUUAAUGUCGAGGUGAGAAAUGUGUUGUGUGUUGAGGUGAAAAAUGUGUGGUGUUUCUAAUUUUUGUGUGGGCAAAAGUCAGUGAGGUGUCUAUAAACUCGGUGUGCUAAAUGACCUUACUACAAAUCUUUCAAAUCUCAAUUGUACUAAAAAAAGCUCACAGUAACAUUUGCACCUUCUCAUUGCAUUAACAUUCUCUGAUAUAACUACGCAUACAAACUUUCAACUAACGCAGAAUAUGUGCAUAUAAAACUGCGAAUCGAAUAAAUGAGUGAUUUAGAAAAGUUCAUUAUUAAUUAUAGAUUAACGCAAUCGUGAAAGACGUGUUGUGUAUGCGGUACAUAGUCUCAUGUUUGACUCAGGUUCAAUUCCUGUACACACUUUUCUUUGUUCGAUAUUUUUAUUUAAUUUUUUGUAUUUGGUUUAAUUAGAAUUGAUUUAAAAUAGUGUAUUCAGGUUUUUCUAAUACCUGUUAUUGAGAAAUUUAUUUUCUAUAUAACAUUAUUCAUACUUCUUUUGAAUUGAUUUAUGUAUAUGUAAAACAGCCAUAGAGGCAAUCAUUUGAAUAUGCAUUCCUAUAUUUAAUCUCUUCAGUCAAAUUUGAACUACUUACAUAAACAUAUUGAUGAGAAAAUAUUCUAAUAUCCAUGGAUGCAUUCAGAAAGCCAAACGCGCAUGCACGCAUAUGUAUAUAAAUAUAUACAAACCUUCAACGAACGCAAAAUGUAUGCAUAUAAAAAACAACAACUGCGACCGUCUUCUUGUCCGUCAGUGAAAAGAUGGGAUAUGUAUACCCUAUGAGCAAAAAGAACCGGGAAGGUGAUGUUGACUGUUUCUUUCGAUUGCCAAGGCAUAGUCCACCAUGGGCCAGACAGUCAAUAGAGAAUAUUAUUUAUCCGUUUUGAAACCUUAGAGAGAUGCUGUGUGUUGCAAACCGCCAGAAAUGUGAGCAAACAAUUCUCAGAUUUUGCAUGAUGAUAACGCGCUAUCGCACUGAUGAAAUAGAAUACAAAUCGGCCUGCCGGGGGUGUUUGGAGGACUGGGUUAAACGUUGGCACAUGUGUGUUGCUUCAGACGGGUCAUAUUUUGAAGGAGAUAAUAUAAAUCUGCCUUAAAUUUAACUCUGUUUUGUUUAAUUUAAACAUUCCCGGUACUUUCUGAUCAUAAGGUACAUAUAUGCAGCUUUGCGGACAGCAAUGUGUGAUUCGCUGUAAGUCGCAUUAACUCGCGACUGUCGCACAGUUAGAAGACAUAUUUACAUACAUAUAAGGGUGCAUACAUACAUACGGAGCCGCGGCCACUCGACAUGACAAAAAUUUAAGAUUUAUCAAAUAUUUUCAAAUAAUUCCACGCGAAAUAUUCCAAUAUUGACUAUUUUCGAAUGGUCGCGAAAAUGAAUGGUCGUUUUAUGAAUGAAAUUGAAAUAUGAGCUCUAAUGCUGAAAACAGUGAAGCCCGUAAACGCAAUUCCGGCCCAGCUGUUUCAAUCAAACUAAUGAGAGCCCCAUGUAAACGAAAAGUUCCUUCCUUCCGUAUCGUAGUACCGUAGAUUUUAUUUCACGAUUAUUAAAAAAAAUUCCGUAAUUUUGACCCAGCUGAUUGCACUCUCACCACACAGUGUUGCCAAGCAGUACAUUUCGAAAUCAUUUACAAAAUAAACUUAGAAAAAUUAUAAUUUUUGUUAAAAUAGCUUAAAAAUACUGUUCAAUAAUGUUAAUUAUAGAUAAAUGAACUAUUUGCAUUUGUUGGUUUUUGGCUUUGGUUUAUUAAACAAUGAAAAAUUGUAACUGAUAACGCGGAAGUGUGAAAAAGUGUGUAAGCAAAAAUAUCAAUGGCAACAUUGUGUCGAUACAAGCAGAUGCAUAUGCAUAUAUAUUUAUAAAUUUGUGUACAAACACAUAAAACACGGAAAUGGCGCUGAACGAUGAGCAUCUUGUAUCCCUAGUACAAGAUAAAAAGGAACUCUACGACAAGAGCAAUCCUCUAUAUAAGUUGCAGGGAAGAAAAACGAUGAUAUGGGAACAGAUCGGAAAGGAGCUGCGCACAAGUGGUGAGUGGGAGCUAUAUUUACUAGUAUUUCAAAUUUCAUAACAAAGUUAUUUUAGAGGUGAGGUAUGCAGACGGAGGUGGUUAGCUCUUCGCGAUCGAUAUGGCAGAGAAGCCAGAAAAUCAGAAGCACCAUCAGGCAGUGGAGCAGACUACCAGAGGCAGUGGUAUCUGCUUGAAAGCAUGUCGUUUUUAAGGCCGCAUGUUAUUCCUCGACCAAUUAGGUGCUCACACAAUGUGUGCCCAGCAGUAGCUUCGCUUACACCUUCAAUUGCUACUACUACGCUCUCACCGUUGCCACCAAUAGUGCCAGAAGAAGAGUUUUUUGAUGAUGUAGAUUCACCAUUGCCAUCAACAUCAGCGACAUCUCCACCCCAGUCACAGCGACCUAGCGGAAAAAAACGGGACAGAAGUGCUGCGGUCGAGAAUGGCAUCUUGGAAGCAAUCGAUCUCUUGAAAAAGAGAUGCCUAGAAAGAGAAAAUAAACCAAACAACUCGGCGGACUCCUUCGGUUACAUGAUUGGCUCAAUGGUUGCCAAAAUGAGUGCAGCUAAGCAAGCCCGGGCCCUGCAAGGAAUCCUCGAGGUUAUAUUUAAAAUAGAGCAGGAGCCGGAAUGAGGGUUUUUUUUUAGUUUGAAUUUUUUUUAAUUUAGCUUUAUAAUUCGUUGAAUUUUUUUUAUUUUUAUCUUUUAUUUCAUUUUUUUAAGUUUACUUUUAAGAAUCUUUGAAUUGUAUAGCAUACGAAAAGAAAGAAUGUGGAAUAUGAAUACUGUUAUUUUGUAAAUAUAUAAACUUUGUACCUGAAUUUUGAAAUAAUAAAAGAACUACUUGAAGAAUGAAAAUAUUUCCAAAUAUUUUUAACUGCAUAAAAUUACAGUUGGACUUUAUAUUUGUAAGUAUAUUUAUGUAUAUAAAUUGCAUAACUAAAAGUUCGUAAAUAAAAUUCAUAAAUAAAUAAACAUAAAUAAUAAAAUAAUUCAUUAUAUUUAUAUUUGUUUCACUUCACAUGUCUUUCAAUUUUAUAUGUAGGGUCCGCCAAUGGAAAGGUCUAUGUCAUCUUGGUAUGGUAAAGCUCCAUCAUUUAUGAAAUAAUCAGCAAGCCUAUCGCGGAUAUUAAAUGCAUUUGUUGAAGCUCUCCGAAUUGUAGUCCGUAUACGUGGUAAUGACGAUUCACUAUUAAUUUCUCGUCGCCAUUCCCCACAAUGAACGAUGUUGCCUGGUUCUUGUCGAUCAACAUAAUUUUCAGGGCAAUACCAACGAUUGCGAUUGUUUAAAAUUAUAAAAUUGUGUAAAACAAUGCAGGCCAGCACUACUUUUUCGCAAUUUUUAGGGUCACAUUCAAUCGUGGUGCGAAGAAUUCUCCAUCGCGCCGUUAAUAUUCCAAAGCUGUUCUCUAUUACUCUACGCGCUCUUGAAAGGCGAUAAUUAAAAAUCCGCUUGGUUCUUGGUUAGUUAAAUUCGGGAUAUGGACGCAUCAAGUUUGUUCUCAAUGGGAAUGCAGCAUCACCAACGAAAAAAUGUGGUAAUGGUUGGGGCGAUUCCAUAGAUAUACGCGCGGGAGGCGGUAGUGGCAAAGUAUUUUGCAUCAAGUUCUGUCCAAACGAUGAAAGUUGAAAAACGCCUGUAAAAUAUACAUAUGUAUUAGGUGAAAUAACUUACUACAUUUAAAUUUUAUUACCUCCGUCACUCUGACUACCAUAACUCCCGAUGCUUACUGCAGUGAAAGUAUACUUGGCAUCACAAACGGCCAUCAGAACGAUGCUAAAGAAUUUUUUGUAGUUGUAAUACAUCGAACUGGACUUGGCUGGACAUUUGAUUGCAAAAUGCUUGCCAUCGAUUGCACCAACACAAUUUGGAAUGUUCCACAUAUCAAAAAAAUCCUUCGCAAUAUCCCUGUACUGGGAUUCUGUAGGUUCGCUAACGUAAACUGGAGAAAGUAGCCGCCAGAUAACUUCACAAGUUUCCUGUAUUAUUUCGCGCACUGUCGUUGCACCUAACUUAUAACUCCAUGCAAUGCUCUUCACAGAUACACCUUGUGACAAAUAUCUAAACAACCAAUAAGAAAUAAAUAUUAAUCGACUUGAAGCCUCGCUUUCUCAAUAUGCAUACAGCAAAACUAAAGAUAGUCUUUCCUCAGGACCAAUCCGCUGUUUUGGCUUCCUCAAGGAACUGCUCUCUAAUUUUAAAAGCAGCUCAUACACAGGCGUGGGCAUCCUUGUGUGUGAAAACAAUUCAUCAGGCUCCAAUGUUUUCAUUCGGCGGAACACUUGGAUUUGAUAACCACUUGUGCCCCAAUUCCUAUUUAAUGGCCGAACUUUAUACCUUCUGCACUUUUUUUGGUCCUUGUAUUUUUUACAUAAAAUAUAUCGUUGAAAUAAAUUCAGAAAUAACUCGCAAAUUUCGAUGUCUUCUUCAUCCAUUUUGUCACUGAUGUAUUUUGCAAAUAUUGUUUGUAUGUAUGUAACCAACUAAAACAAACGGGAAAUAGUUUUGCUCAGUUUUGUGCACGGUAAGGGCAUGCGGUAAGGAAAUUCCGU